CAAUCACUGCUGUCUAUGACGCACAACGUGGGCUCUUUAAAACUGAGAAAUCUGUCUCUCAAGUACUUCAUCAAAUAUGUCAACUGCAACAAAUUACAGCGUUUUAAUUUUAGUAAUGAUACUCGCAGCGAGUGUAGGGAAGUCACAGGGUCUUUUUGAGUGGCUUUUUGGGGGCGGACAAGCGCAGGGAGAAGAAGGGAAGCAAGUUGAAGUGGGAUCGCUCUUGAAGACGAAUCGACAGGUGCCUUUUGAAAUGGCGACGGUGGAUGAGAAGUUUUUGAUGGAGGUCGCAGGACUGAAGCUGUCGCAGUUAGACUUGUGUCAUCAUGAGAUUGUUGGUAAGCUGAGGACUAGUUGUGGGGGUAUGUCAGAGGACGACCUCGGCAAGCUGUCUGUGAUGCUGUUUAACUGCCAGGCAGAGAAUGAGGGCAGAAAAACAUAUCCCUGCACCGAGGAUAUGACUCUUUCAAGUUGCACCAAAGACAUGGACUCGACGACAUGGAACGCGUAUCAAAUUGUCAGCAACAGGGCCAGGGCAAUAUGCUACACUGCUCGACAGCAACAGUUCCGACUUAAAACAGAGUCCACCGUCAACAAACUUGUGACCACCGCCAACAUUCAGCUUGACUCAAUGAAACAGUUACAGGAAGGACAGAAAAAGAUUGGUGAGGCCACCACCGACACCUUGAAGAAAAUGUACGAAGGACAGCAAGAAUUAAUGAUACGGCAGAACAUGCUGAAAUCUGCGCAGGCGAAUGUGCAGAUGUAUAUUGCGGGGAACUUGCGGGAGCUGACCAGGGAGAAGUCAUUAAUUGCAGCAGGCAACAAAGAAUUGGCUGACAUGACGGAAAGAAUUAAAAUGAAGCUAGACGAGGCCACCUCUCAACUGAACCGUCAAGAAGGAGAACAGAAGCGGAACCACCUUGAACUGCUGGAUGAUCUCUCUGAUAUAAGAAAGAAGGCAGAGGAUGUCUGGGAGAAAAUAGACGCCAGUGGUCAGCAUGUCCUGACCUUCCAGAAGGAGACAGUCAAGCAGUACGAGGCUACCCUGGACAACCUGAGGAGGGUCAACGCCACCAUGAACUAUGUUCUGACCAAAGUGGACACUAUGAAGACUGGACUGGACAAACAGCUGGGAUGGUUGUCAUCUGUAGUAGGAGAAACUGAGGACAGUCUUCAUCUGAUGGUAACCUGUGUCCUCCAUGUGGUAUAUUUCCUCCUGGCUGCCCUCUCUGCGGCAUUUCUCCAGACCCCGGGGUUCACAAGGGGGGUUCUCCUCACUCUGGUCCCUGUGAAUGCUCUGUCAGAGGUGAAGCAGAAGAAAAGUCUGGAUUUCUUCACAAUGACACUGUUGAUACUGCUGACUGUAGGUGUGAACUGGUUCUGUAAGUGGGUGUGUUAUAUGAGGACCGUAAGGAGGUCUGGACUUUGUCAGUGUACUGGAAACUGUUCCUCUGUCCAGUGUCAGGGUCAGACUACACAAGAACACAAGAAACCUGCUGCCUUGUCAUCUGAUAGAGAGAGCAGUUUCACAAAUGGAUCCUCUCGGGCAAUGGACAGACAACACAGAGUUGACCAUUACCUGAACACCAGUACAUCUAGUGUGUUGGACACCCCAAGAACCAGUAGGGCAUCCACCCCCAGGAGGACUACACCCCUUUUGGCCACCCCCUCAGUUCUCCCGGCCACCCCCUCAGUUCUUCCAGCCACCCCCAUGCCUGACCAGGAAGCCUCCUUUACUGCGGCUGAGACGCCAAGACUGCUUGAAGUGAGUCAGGUAAAGCGCCAUCUACUGGACACCUUGGACGGGAGAUCUACAAGCCGUCGACGGCGUUCACGAAGUCGUAGUAGGACGCCAUUAAAAGUGACUGACGGUAUCAGUGGCACCAGCACCCCAGCCCGUCCUCUGUGCCUGGGCACCACAAAGACAGGUCAACCCUGUAAGCUGGCGUGUACUCAUGGUAAAGACUUCUGUCACAGACAUUCACCAAAAGAUGGCGCCAAGUAACAGGACGGUACUGCUAGGAUUUUUGACACACUAGAAUACAAAUCUGGAAGAGGUCGUAUAUUCAAGAGAAGGACAGUUUUGAAGGUCAUGAACAGAAAGUUGAUUGGUCAAGUUGAAAUGCUAUAGACUGAGUAUUAUUUUCCAGUUGAAUUAUUGCAAUACGCCUUAAAAUUUUUUAUUUUAUUUUUACCAAAUAUUCUGUUAUUUAGUUAUGACAUGAGAAUUAGCGUCUGAUGGCCAAUGUGGAAAAAAAACCUUUGUGCCGAAAGAUGGUCAGAAAUAAUAGAGUAAUAUAGAAGUCUGAUUUUAAUUUUCCCCGAAAGGAAUUGAUAAUUUUACUUUAAAACGAGAAUGUGAUAACUGACUAACGUUGUGGUCACUUUUCUCUUGAUAUAUUAAGGUGCUUUGUGGGUAAGAGUGAACACGUGGAAUCUGUUUCAUUGCUUGGUGCUACGGGCGUAUUCCCUGGAAGCGGACCUUUAUUAAUUCAUUUAUAUUUGUUCUUAUUUAUGCAUAAUUCAUUUAAUCGGCUGCAAUAUAUUCUAGUGCAAUAAGCAUGUUAUUAUCUCCGUGUUUAUGCGCUUGUGAGUGAUUAAGUGCAUGCCUGCCUGUGUGAAAGAAUCUCGUGUGUAUGUGUGCGUACGUGGACAUGCACUGCGAGAGAGAGGUAAGAGAACGAAGCCAAUUUUUGACCGCCGUGGAUGCUGUUCCACCAAUCAGUUUUCAGCAAUUAACCGCAAUACUGCAAAAAGCUGCUCCGUUUUCAUAUUGUCAAAUUCAUUGCGCAUACAUUGAUAACUCGGUGUAAUAAGUCAGGAAGGAAGGGAAUAGAUGCCGUUUUAUAUUACGUGUUUUUUCAGCCAUAGCGGACCUCAAUUCCUGUCUCCCCGGCACACCACAAGGCAGAAAAAUAUAUGAGACAUCCAUUCGGCCUUUUUUUAAUCACUCGUGGUAUCACGCUCCCCGUGCCUCCUUGUGAUGUAUCUCUUACACACCUUAUGCAUUGAGUUGUCAUGUAUUAUAUCAUGUUGUCAUCUCUCUGUUCGUGGGUCGGCGGCGCUUUUUAGCAGAAUCGAUACCACUAUCAUGUUAACUAUAAAUCUUACUGGAUGCGUUUAUUCAAGUCAUAUAUGUAUACUUAUGUUAAACAAUUUGUUACUUUUAUUUAUUUUACUGAAUAAAGAUCUUGUAGCUUGUUUAGAGUU